GAAAUCUGCUUAGGACUUAAACUUGACAUUUACCGAAUGGACAUUCAUAGAAAAAAAUAUUUUGGUCGGAAACUUUUAGUUCAUUAUUGAUUCCUAAUUCAUGAAAAGCGGCCAAGAUUGAGAGAAACAUUAAAUUUGGUUGGACAUGCAAUUACCACUGAAUGCAAGAAUGACAGUGCUUAAAUACAGUUUCUAAAAGUUAUGGAUUAAAAUGAUGUUUAAAAAGCCUAAGAAUGUUGGGGGAAGAUAAGAAUAUCGAGUUCUGUCUAUAUACAGUGAAUAUCGUGGUAAAUUGCCUGUCCCUUUGGUACGAGGCAAUGGCCAUUGACUGGAGGCAGAAACCCUGGUUUGGCUCAUUCAACCAACUGGAAAGAGAACUUUAAUUCAAAUUGGAAACCAUAAGCAGGAGCUGACAUCACUUGAAGGGCUGAAGCGUGGUGAUGGCCCCCUUUCUCAGUCUCCUCCCCUACUUUGGUUUGGCAAUGGGGUCUUACACUGCUGAAAAUGUCAGGAAAGAAAGGUGUGCCUGGUGGAGUGCCCUACCCGGUACAGUCGCAGGGGAUGUAUCCUAGUGCACCGCCAGCCUACAGUGUCCAGGGACCGCCACAGCCCGGCGCCCAGGGCGGACCGUGGAACGAGCCGCCACCGCCGUACUCGGCCGCUCCCGGCUACCCGCCGCCGGUGGGGUACCCGCCCCAGGGCGGAGCCCACCCCGGCCAGGGAGCGUACCCGGCCCAGGCGGCGUUCCAGUUGGCCCCGGGAAUGAUCCCCGUCGGACCCGGCUCGCAGGUUCACGUCAUGGGCGCGUUCAACGCCGGUGCCCGGUUCGACGCACGCACGCGGCCCUCCAUUCCGCCGCCGCCGCCGGGCGUGGCGCCCAACGUAGCGCAGCUGGCAGCCAUGAGCGGCGCCAAUGUGGUCGCCUCCAAGAAAAAGAACGACAAAUGGGGCAUGGGUGCGGGCGGCGGCGCCGUUUUCUGGUAGUGCACGGGCCUCAGUAUCCAGCGGCUGUGCCGCUGUGUCCCGCGGCGGACUGGGAUGCGCAGCAUGCGCCGAGUCCUGCCGGGUGAUGGAGGUUGUGUCCAGCAGGGGUGUGAGGGGGCGGAUAAAUCGCGUCGAUUGAAAAUAGAUUAGUGUGAUCCAGAUUUAUUUUUAUAAUGAACUAAUAUUAUUUUAGCUAAUAGCUGAUGUAAUUCGUGCCAGUACCUAGUUAUUAUAAACUUUGAUCCAAAAGACUUGGGUCCUGUAAGGUUAGAAGGAGGUUACUGGCAUUGGUUACCGCAUUUGACGAAUCAAUGCUCCUUACAUUUUAUUAGGUCGCUGUAUGGUUAGCUGAUUGUAUAAUCAUGCGUGCUGCUGACAUCUUCAGCACCCGCAGUAUUCUGGUGGCAAGCAGUGCACGGCGUCCAAGCAGUAGGCGUCUGUAUACGGUGAACCAGCGGUGUCCGCUGCAUGGUGCCUAAACUUUCUGUGUUGUCAUUUACUGCAUUGUGCUACACCUUGUGAGCUACUAUUUUUAUGUGAUAUAUUAAGCUUGUCCAAUGUCCAUAGAUGUUGUGAUCAACUACUUGUGUGAAGAUCGCUAAAUUCAAUAAAUAUAUGGCAAGUCCAGAAAAUAA